AUGGAAUGGCAGUCACAGCAAACUACUCGCAAUUGCUCCAGAUGUCAACACGCGAUUCACCCUACCUUCAGGAAGAAGGAACCAGAUAAUUACGUCACGUCUCCGGAUAGGCCACACACUAGUAACUCACAAGCACAUCUUCGAAGGAACCGAUGCCCCAGUUUGUUCAACGUGCAACCAGCGGCUCACGGUGGUUCACAUUCUGAUGGAGUGCCCUACUUAUCAAAAUGUCAGAAGUCUCAACCACCUUUCUAA